AGAACCCGAACGGGACCAAGACAUUAGACAUAUCUCUGCAGAUCAAAGGAGGCCAUUGAAGAAGCUGAGCAAGCAAAUUAAUCUAUUUGAAAGAUGGGAGAUUAUCACUUUGUAUAUAAAGACGUGGAAGGUGCAUCGACACAAUGGGACGAUAUUCAAAGAAAGCUUGGAAAUUUACCACCUAAGGCACCGGCCUUCAAGCCACCUCCUUUCGAACCGGCACCCGACCAAGACUCGAUCCCCAAAGACAAGUCAUGGGUCGAUCAGAAAACCGAAGAAGAGCUCGAAGAGUUGGAGGACGAUCCCGAUCUUGACGAUGAUCGCUUCCUUGAAGAAUACAGGAAAAAGAGAUUAGCUGAGAUGAGAGAAGCAGCUAAGCUUUCGAGGUUUGGAUCUGUGAUGCCAAUUUCAGGAUCAGAUUUCGUACGAGAGGUUUCUCAAGCUCCCCCUGAUGUUUGGGUUGUUGUGAUACUCUACAAGGAAGGAUUUCCAGAGUGUGGGCUGCUGAUGCAAUGCUUGGAAGAAUUGGCGCGAAAAUACCCGGCAACAAAAUUUGUUAAAAUAAUAUCAACUGAUUGUAUUCCUAACUACCCAGAUUGCAACCUUCCUACUCUAUUGGUGUACAACAAUGGUGCCGUCAAGGCAAAUUAUGUGGGUUUGCAUAAUUUUGGCCGGAAAUGCACACCUGAGGGUGUUGCGUUAGUUCUCUGUCAAUCAGAUCCUGUACUAAAUGAUGGUCAGAAUGGAGGUGAUCCAUCGAGAAAAACUGUGAUUGACGGAGUGCGAAGGAGUUUUAUAGAGAAAGUUGUGGCAGAGCAUGAAGAUGAUGACGAUGGAUCAUCAAGUGAUUAGAAUUUCAGUAAUUUCUUUUGGAUUAGCCGGGAGGAGAAGAGAAAUAUUGUGCUCGUAGAUCACAAAGCACAUUUAUUUUGUGGGUUUUAUUUUUU